CCAACCAAACUCGUACUGACAUACUGAGGCAACUGGCAUAUCAGUGGAUCAUAAUUUCUGUUAGUAUAUUCAACAAGUGAAGAUGGUAUGAGCACCAGUUCUUUCUUCAUGUUGCAGUUUUGACAUUUCACGAUUUACAGGCACGAUGAAUGGACAUUUUAAUAGCAGCCCUUCCUGACCAUCCACUAUCUGCUUCAUUGAAAGCAAUAUCAAGAAUAAAGUGGACGUGGUGGUCAUGCCUGGAUCUUCUAUUUCUGUGCUUCUUCUGGUACAAGACCUAGCCAACAGCUGAGGGAAGUUACUGGUCGCACUGGGCACUGACACAUCUACUGUGAACUGUUUUCUCAUCUUCUUCUAAACUGAACUGAAGGAGGGUAAAACAGAGGAGAAUGAUGUUGAGAAGUACCAUACAUGACUGUGAAAAAAAGACAGCAAAGGACAGAAAUGAACAUGAAAUACCACCAGUAACUGAACUGCGGCGAAUGCUUUGGAUAAAUGGCGGUUCUGAUAACCAUCUGGAUGAAGUCUGGCCAAACUUAUACCUUGGAGAUGCAUGGGCUGCAAGAAACAAGCAGCUUCUCCAAAGUCACUCUUUUACUCAUAUUCUUAAUGCAGCUGAUGGAAAAUACAACAUCAACACAGGAGCCAGUUACUACAGAGAGCUUCAAAUAACAUACUAUGGAGUGGAGGCCUUUGAUUCUGCUUCAUUUGCAAUCAAUGUAUUUUUCUACCCAGCAGCUAAAUUUAUACAUGAAGGGCUUAAUGCUCCUGGAGGGAAAAUAUUUGUUCACUGUGCCAUGGGGAUCAGCAGAUCUGCCGCUUUGGUACUUGCCUUCCUAAUGAUCCACCAGCAUAUGACUCUUGUUGAUGCCAUAGUGACUGUGAAUAAGAAGAGAGACAUCUGUCCAAACAUUGGAUUUCUUGCACAACUACGGGAACUAAACAUCAAGUUAGCAAAAGAAAGAAAAGGAAAAGUGUAGAUGAAUUUUAAACAUGAUACUUAUUCUAACAACUAUGUGCUUUCUCUCACACUGAGUAAGUGAAUAACAGCGUUCCCUUUUUUGCUAACUUAUUAACAUGUUUUGAGCACAUACACUAUAUUUAAAUUUUGGAUAUUCUCAGCCCUGCAGUUUGGUUCAAUUUUGAGAAAAUGUCUUAUUGGUACACACACAAAUCCAACAGUUGCUACAUACUUUCACACCUAGCAAGUACACGACUGCUGAAUUUUUUGCACCUAAAAUAUCAUGCACUGAAACGGAGACCUACCAUAAGCAGUUCUUGCCAUUUUGACAAUAAACUCUUUGUGAUAUUUUAAAAUAAUUAUAUAAAAAUACAUGCAAAUUACAUGCAACUGAGGAUACUCAUCAGGCAACAAGAAGUCAAGACUACAUCAUGCCAGAGGAGGUAAAAAAACAGGAAGAUAGACAACAGGAUAUAUGCAGAGAAAAAGAGACAAGCAAAGAAUAUAGCUAGCAUGUGAUCAACAUAAUGAUAAAUUACUUUUUGGACCCUAUGUCUUGAAGAACAUUACAGAGUCACUGAAAAAAUAAAAAAAGGACUGAAGGACAGUUUGAUGUGUUAUUUUCAUGGAAGGAGACAGCUGAAGUGUUGGGAAGAGAAUAUUGUUUGAAUACAACAAAUGUUUGAAUAUACUAAGCACAUCCUUGAUGAUUUAUUAACUACAACUGCAUCACAUAUCCUAAUCCAAUAACAAAACAUACAUACAACUACAAAGUAAGCUUUUGUCAAUGAUAGUUUUUCAUAUGCACUGAAAUCAUAAUUUAAAUAUACCAUGAAAAUAUGAAAAUUAUUUUUACAGUCUUACUCUUCCAUCCAUUACUCUGUUUGCUUUCCUAAAAAAUAAUCAUAACUGUGUUACAGGCUAUUCCAAAGCAGAUAUUUAUGUUAUGGUGUUAGUCAUGAUAAACCAAUAACUGUAUUAUGAAAAAGUGAUCAACAGUUAAUGAAUAUAAAGUCUGCAAUCUUAAAAGAACAGUACUUAUUUCAAUUAUGAAAAAUUGCUGACCUUUUCAUCCACCUGCUAUGUGUGCAUAGCUUUCUGGUUGCACAGAAUUUCAUUCAUACAUAUAGAGAGUAGAAUAAAGCAUGACAGAAAUGGAGAAAUAAAAUAAGAGCACUUCUAGACUAAUAAGUGAUAUAAUAUAACAGUUAUGUUUGCAUUAUGACAUGGUAGGCAUUACAGGGGUACACCAGUUAACACUGCUGAAUCACAGUGAUUGGUUCUCCAGACUUAUUCUUAAUUGGGAUACAUUCUUUGUGGAGUUUACAUCCCCCCAGUGUUCAUGUGUAUUUUGUUAGGUGUUUCAGGUUCCUCCCACAUCCCAAAGGUAUGCCAAAGGAAAAUAGACAGCCCUUUAAACUGCCUAAGGCUCUUCUAACUACUGUCCCAAAGGGGUGUUCAAAGGACAUGGAAUUUUCAGAGAUAAUAUCUACUGACUGGAUCGAUCUGGAUAGGGGUGCUAUUGAUGCCAUAGGCUGUGGAUCACCUUUGCUUUCCAAAUUUAACAAUAUUACAUUUUUAGCACUUAGUUUAAGCCAAUUCUCUUUAAGCAGUUAUUUGUUAGGUAUAGAGCAAGCUGCAACAAUGAUAUUGGAAGUUAAAAAAAUAACAACACCUAGCUUGCAACAAUCAGCACAUUCAGUCAGCCAUAGGUCUGGCUGUCUGUUUUGAAAGUCAAAGAAGUGGAUAUGAGGAAUCCCAAAGCAAAGCCACAAUUGACACCCUUGGUCAUAUUUUUACUUUCUGAGGUGGCUCCAUCUACUUUUUCACAUGUGCAAGUAUUAUCUGAUUGCCAGUUUGCUAUCCACCUCAUGAUGCAAGGUAAUUAUGAUUAGCACUUUCAGUGUGUUGACAAUUCCAGUGUGGCAAUAAUGUCAAAGGCUGCUGCUGUUUGAAUUGCAUAGCUGCUGUCCACAGCGUCCGUGACCUUUUUCUAUAAAUCUGUUACACUAACCCUUAAUGAAGCAAAAUUGUUGCGGGUCCACAGCAGUUAGGUUUUUAAUAUCUGUUUUUAAAGUCCAAUAUAAGGAAUUCCACUGCUAUGCAAAUAUGACAACUUAGGCUAAUGAGUCUGUAAUUACUUUGAUCAGACAUAGGGCUACCUUCUUAUACAGGCUUUACAACUACUGUUUUUCAUGCUUCAGGAACAUACCAAAGGGGGAGAGGCUUGGGUUGAAAAGGUUUAACAGAGGUUCUGAUAGGGUGUCUAGUCAUUAGGCAUAAAGCAAUAUUAUUGAGUUCCAUGGACAUUGGUAUACUUGGCUUUCAGGAAGGUGGCUAUGACUUGAUCCAUGGUAAUUCUUGCAGUGGACUGGGACUCAGGAUCUGUGAUAUUUCUAUGACUAACACUACUGUGAAGUUAGCACUAAAUUUAUCUGCUAGUAUGUUGAUGAUAUCCUUUGGGUCAGAGUGGGUAUUGUCAUUAUGGUUUAACCUAAAGCUUUGUUUUGUGUUUUAUAUAGUCACUGAUUAAAGAGAAAUGGGUACUUA